UGGCGCCGCGCGAUGGGCGGGGAGUGGUCCGCGCUGCGAUGGCAGCUCCCGGCAGCAGCAGGACCGGCCGGCCUCUCAGCCCCGCUCGGAGCCCAGCCUCCUGACGCCGCCCGGGGGCGAGGUCUCGCGGACCUCCGCCGCUGUCAUGUAUCCGCCGCCGCCGGAGCCGCGUCGGGAUUUCAUCUCGGUGACGCUGAGCUCUGGCCGGAGCUACGACGACAGCAAGGGCCCGAGACGGCGCUCCUGCUGGCGGCAAUGGAAGCAGCUGUCGAGGUUACAGCGGAACGUGAUUCUCCUCCUGCUGGCGUUUCUCGCGCUCUGCGGCCUCCUGUCCUUCGUCAGCCUGGCUGAGGAGUGGAAAGCCCUGGAGGGCAGGUCGUCGGAAGAACUGAACGUGAGACCAGCCAACCCACCCAUCCUGCCAGCUCCUCGGAAAGCAGAGGCGAAGCCGGAAACCCUCCCGGGGGGCCCACCGCAGAGGCCUCAGAGGCAUUUCCGCCGGGGACCCCCCAAGCUGCAGAUGAGAGCCCCCGAGAGCGAUGCCAAGGACAGGGGGCAGGAUGCGGCGGCCCCGGGGGCGGGGGCGGGCGGCGCUGGCUGGGAAGGCGCCGCGCAGAGAACCAGCUGGAGAGGAGCCGCGACAGAGCCGGAGCAGGGCACCCGAGACCCCUUGAGGAAGGCAGAGGGCACCCCCAAGCCUUCCCCGCAGGCUGCGAGGAUCCCACAGGAUCCAGCCCAGCAGAACGAGCGCCAGCAGGCCGUGGUGGAGGCCUUCCGCCACGCGUGGGCCGGGUACCACAAGUUUGCCUGGGGCCACGACGAGCUGAAGCCCGUGUCGCGGUCCUUCGCCGAGUGGUUCGGCCUCGGCCUCACGCUGAUCGACUCCUUGGACACCAUGUGGAUUCUGGGCCUGAAGAAAGAAUUUGCAGAGGCCAGGGAGUGGGUGUCCGAGAAACUGUGGUUUCAGAAGAACGUGGACGUCAAUCUGUUUGAGAGCACGAUCCGGAUCCUGGGGGGGCUCCUGAGCGCCUUCCACCUGUCGGGGGACGACCUCUUCCUGGAGAAGGCUGAGGACUUUGGAAAUCGCUUGAUGCCUGCGUUCCAAACACCCUCGAAGAUUCCGUACUCCGACGUCAACAUCGGCACUGGAGUUGCUCACCCGCCCCGAUGGACCUCCGACAGCACGGUGGCCGAGGUGACAAGCAUUCAGCUGGAGUUCCGGGAGCUGUCCCGUCUCACGGGCAACAAGAAGUUUCAGGAGGCGGUGGAGCAGGUGGCGAGGCACGUGCACUCCCUGUCGGGCAAGAAGGACGGGCUGGUGCCCAUGUUCAUCAACACCAACAGCGGGCUCUUCACCCACCUGGGCGUGUUCACCUUGGGCGCCAGGGCCGACAGCUACUACGAGUACCUGCUGAAGCAGUGGAUCCAGGGCGGGAAGACGGAGACGCAGCUGCGGGACGACUACCUGGAAGCCGUGGAGGGGAUCAGGAGGCACCUCCUGGGCAGGUCGGAGCCCCGGAAGCUCACCUUCGUGGGGGAGCUUGCCCACGGCCACUUCAGCGCCAAGAUGGACCACCUGGUGUGCUUCCUGCCGGGGACACUGGCUCUGGGCGCCCACCACGGCCUGCCCGCUGACCACAUGGAGCUGGCCCGGGCGCUCAUGGACACCUGCUACCAGAUGAACCGUCAGAUGGAGACGGGGCUGAGCCCCGAAAUCGCGCACUUCAACCUGUAUUCCCAGAAGGCCGCGAAGGACGUGCAGGUCAAGCCGGCUGACAGGCACAACCUGCUGCGGCCCGAGACGGUCGAGAGCCUCUUCUACCUGUACCGCUUCACGGGCGAGCGCAAGUACCAGGACUGGGGCUGGGAGAUCCUGCAGAGCUUCAACGCGUACACCAGGGUCCCCUCGGGCGGCUACUCGUCCAUCGGCAACGUCCAGGAUGCCCGCAACCCCCAGCCCAGGGACAAGAUGGAGAGCUUCUUCCUCGGGGAGACCCUCAAGUACCUGUACCUGCUCUUCUCCGACGACCCGGACCUGCUCAGCCUGGACGCCUACGUCUUCAACACCGAGGCGCACCCCCUGCCCAUCUGGGCCCCCGCCUAGGGCGGGCCCGCUGCCCGGUGGGCGCGGCUCGGGGCUCUGCCGCGCGUGGUCGCCGAGGGCGCCUGUCGGCAAGACCCUGGCCCUGCCCUCGGCUGUGCGGCGCCCACCCAGCUGGCGGGACGUGCUCCGGGCCGGGCCGAUGGCAGAGGCCAGCGGCCGUCCGGCCCGGGACGUUUCGGGUCCUCGUAGGCGCUUGAGGGGGCUGCUGGCGCCCUCUCUCCGCCUCUGGCUCCGGGCGCCUCGCCUGGUUGUCAUCAGGACACUGGCCAUCAGGAGCCCGUCGGAACACGUCAGCGCUGUGAUGUGGGGAGGCCCUGCCCCCGGGAGCCUUCCGCCUCCUUCCUGAGAAGAUCAGAUUCUGACUCGAUUCCCGAGGCCCGGGUGCCUCCUGCUGCUGCGCCGCGCACGGGCUCCGUGGGGGUCCCGGGGCCUGCGGUCACCCUGGGCCACUCGGGGUCCCCGGAGGCGCGAUGUGGUGGUCAGAGACGGGAGCCGAGGGGCCAGCCCGGGUGCGGCUCAGCCUCGAGGUCUCAGAGCCUGUGGACGUGCCCUGACCCCAGGGUCUCGGGGUGUCCGUGACCUUAUGGGCAGCAGCCGGGCUCCGGCAGCUGCAGUGUUUACACGUUGGACUCAGGGAUCCUCCCCCUGCCCUGCAGGUGCGGGGCGGGGCGGGGCGGGGCUGGGCGGGAAGGUCACCUGCUCCCAGGCCAGCUCCGUGGAGGGACUUUUCAGUCAGGAUAAAUGUACGUUUGUUUUAACUGGU